AUGAUACAGAACAUGAUUAAAGAGAAGAUGAUCAUGAAGAAAACAAUAAUCUCAGUUUUAAGGAUUUUUGCAGUACUUCAGAUGACAAAAUACGUUGUCAUUGCUAGCAUCUCUUGCGACCCAAGGCCAAGAUCGUGUAAGGAUAUCAUUUUGAAUAACCCGGAAAGCAAAAGUGGAGAGUAUACCAUCACUCAAGAUACAAAAACGCCGAUUUCUGUUUUUUGUGAGUUUUCGUUGAAAUCUCAUGGGUACACAUAUCUAAAAGACUAUUCCGAAAGCCAGUUUAAUCUUCGCUCCAUCUGUUCCACUACAGAUGAAGUUAAAGUGGUUCAUCUCCGCACGUCGGGUAAACGCUAUGGAACAGUUCUGGAAGAGUUGAAACGUUAUCAAAGUAAUUAUUCAUUGAGUCUGCAAAUCAACGAAAAUAAAGGGUUCAAUGCACCUCUGAACGUCCCUUUCCUCGGCAAAUAUAUUUACGUGGGGUUCCUUCCGCGGUCGAUUGCAGCCAGACGCAGUAUACAGGGGUAUCGGGCUGGUUCUAAGGAUUGGGAAUUCAACAACUGUGAUGCCAAUCCGAAUUCUUACAUAGCUUUCUUCUAUAAUAACUCACCAUUGCAGACCCACAGCUAUCACAAAAGGUGUUGCUAUAACAAAUAUAUGAGAAAUUGGAUUGAUGUGUCUACAAGAUACAGCCUUCCUAUUCCUGAUGACUACUUCCGGUUUUUUGAAAUGCAUAUGGGUGGAUGUGGGGGGUAUGUUGUCCCUAACUAUGGUACAUUUUCUGAUAUUGUUGGUGCCGUACCUGGAUUUAGGUUUGAUGUAACCUGCAGUGACAUGCAUUGCCAUCAUGGCGGAUCGUGUAUCAUAGCAAAUGGAAGACCAACCUGUUUCUGUUCUUCCGGAUUUACCGGAUCUCAAUGCAAAGAAAAAAUCCCAUUUUCUUGUAAAGACAUAGCUAUAUCUAAAGGGCCUAUAACUGGAGAAUACUUGAUAUACAGCAGAACAAAACAGAAUCAAUCGUACAACGUUUUCUGCGAGUUUCAUCAGACCUACGGGUUAACAUUUGUCUCAAACACUAAUGCCACUAUUGAUGCUAACGAAUUAUUUGAAAUCAAAUCUCAAGUGGUAGUUCGACAUCUUAGAAACAAAAAGCAAUACGACUCCAUUUUGGAGCAAAUAACUCCGUAUGCCGACAAGCCAUUAACUGUCAGGUAUAAUUCUUUUGCUGGCUUUAGAGCUCCAGUAAAUGCCAAGAAGAUGGGGCCUUAUCUCUACCUUGGAUUUCUGGAUAAUAAUACGGCUAAGGCUAAGAACACGCAGGGCUACAGGGUCAAUGAUGCCGAUCAAACGUUUGUCAACUGUGAUAGGAAUCCAAACAGUUACAUUACCUUUUAUUUCAACCCUAAAAGCAACCUUCCUGGUGGAUAUUACAAAAGGUGUUGUUACACGCCGCUGAUGAAAACAUGGCUUGAUGCUGGAGUGCCUGUGGACCCCGCUCGACAACUUCCUAAGUCCUACUUUUUGCAGUUUGAGAUGCAUUUUGGUGGUUGUGGUGGAUAUGCGAUAAAUGGAUACAAUACACUAGCGAAUAUCGAAGGGGCAGCAUUAGGCAUGCGAUUUGAGUUAUGAAUUAAUGAACGAAGAGUUCCUAGAUUCAUGUUACCAAUGAUAUGAUACAAACCAAGAUGGGCUAUACAUGCAGUAUUUGCUGACCUUUGCUUUCUUUAUAUAACAUU